UACAGGUAUGUAUUUACAAGUGCGGUGACGUGUUUGAUUUGCUUUGCACUGGUACUUUUUAUAAUGUGUUUUCCUGACUUUUUCAGGUUUUGCCCAUGCCUUCUCCCAAGAUGACGAACUUCUACCGAAACGAAGCGGUAGAAUAACAGAGAUCGUGAACAGUCGGCUGAGUUCUCGGAAAAGUGUCCAAACGCUGCUUCACAGAGGCGGCGUUUCCAGGCAAAAGCGCGACGCAAUGUUUCCUGGUGGAGUUAAACUCUGUGUGCAGGAGAGUCUGCGGCAAGCUGUUGAAAACCAUCUGCAUUAUUUUCGUCUGCGAGACCCCAAAUAUAAGAUGACACCACUUUUUCUGAAGUCUUUUGAGGGAAAAAAAAGCAUGUUUCGGCCAACACGUGUGCCAGGAGACCGUGUGGGAGGCCUUUAAGAUCUUUUGGGACCGCCUGCCAGAGCAGAGUGAAUACAACCUCUGGAUAAGCAUCUGCCUGGAAGGGACUCUCAGCACGUUUGAUAUUGGUGCCAACUUCAGUGAGUCAGAAGAGCAUAUAUCCCUGGUGCAAAGGAGAAUAUCAAUGAAUGCAACAUUUAGCUCUGAGGUCACUGAGGAGCCACAAUCCACAAGCACCACCCAGGAAGAUGAAAACAUACAAGUGGCCGUGGCUGUCACCAAAGAGAUCAGCACAGAAGCUACCUCAGGAGCUGGACCGGGGGGAGCCCCAGAUGACACCUUGGGGUUCUCCGUGGAAAGUGGUGGGGUGGUUACACAAGAUGUCAUACCAAAUGUUCUUCUGGAACUUGGCAUUGAAAUUACACCAAAUGGAACUCGAACCAGCUCCGAGAUGCCUGUUAGGGUCGUCUCCCAAAGUAGUCUGGCCAUCUCCUCUAAGGUUAUUCCUGAAGUCACCAUGGAGGUUUCUCCAGAAGUCAUCCCAGAAAAAACUGUAGGGGUGACCCAAAAAGUCUUUUCUGAGGUUCCUGCGAUGAACACCCAAAAGGAUGUCACAUCUGAAGGAACAUGGGAAGCCAUUGUGAUGCAGAACGUCACUACUGAGGCCACACAGAAUGCUGUGGCUGCAGUGAAGUUUGGGGCUGUUAUCGCAACUCCAGGAAUGACUGUCAAAUAUGCGACUGCCGGUCUCGAAAGUGUUAUAGAGGAUGAAAAUACGAUCACCAAUGAGAUUGACGGCAUCGCCGGCAAGCCAGUGCAGCACCAAACAGAGCAGCUGCUGGAGCUCAGCGUCCAGCUGAAGGGGGGGAAUUACGACGAUGCUCUGAGAGAUCCUUCAAGCUCCGCGUACCACCUCCUGGGCCAGCAGUUUGCUGAGAAGAUUGAAGAUGCUUUUGAAACACUGCCUGGUUUUAAGGAAGCCUACAUACUUGAAUUCAGGAAACAGAAGAAUUACAGAGGGAGAGACGCUGUGGUGGCCCACUAUGCCAUCACCCUGGAUGCCAGCUCUGGGGGCAUCAGCCACGAGACCACAGACUACAUCGACCUACUAUCAAAUUCGGUGGAGGAGUCGUACCCUAAGCCGGAUGAGCACCCCGCUGUGUUCCACACUGUGAUGGAUUUCCUCAACUACGUUGCAGAGGCUCUGCACAAGGAGAACCUAAUUGGAAACAGUGUUCUGGAUGUGGAUGUGUCCUCGCUGCAGCUGGAGAGUGUUAGAACUGUGUUCUCUGGUGCAUCUAGACCAACUGGUGGACCACUCAGUUCCAAUGACUUCAUGGACUUGGUACUUACAGCUGAGAAGCCCAGGCAGGAGGUCAGCAGCAGCAAUGUACUUGUCAGUGGUUUCGGAAAGGAUUCCUUCCUUUUUGACCACAUGGACUUUUCUGACAUAAAGACGGGCUCCCAUGCUCUGGACUCCAGGACAAAUGAAGUCAUUGUCUCGGAGGAGAGCCCCACUCAGCUCCCUCGACAUUUUUCUGAUAAGCCGUUUGACUUGAAAGCAGGCUACAUCAGUUCUGUAUAAGAUGCUAACAAAAGAGGUGGUAUUGAAGAAGAGGGAGUCCUUUCCGGCCCGACAGAGAUCAGCACCCAUGGCUCUAUGACCACUAAAGCGGAACCUGAAGUUGUCGCUACCGUUGAUUCCCCCGUUCCGCCGAUGGUGUCUCCUCGUAUGAAAAGCAGCAGCACACAGAAAAGCACACUGGACACUGGCUCUAGAUCAGACUCCUCUGAAGGUGAACGUAAUACCAGCUCAUGGUUUUCCAUGACUGUCAGUGUGGAACUCGAGGACUCCAGAGAGCUUAUUGUGAACAAUAAUUCAUCACCUGAGCAUAACAGAGAGUCAAUAGAGGAGAAAGGAAUCUUCAUGGAAUCUCCAGAAGUUUUUGACAGUGGGAUGUCUGCCUCAAAGGGAAAUUUUGAGUCCACAAUGCAAACAGUUGUUAUAAUUGAAGAGCCUGAUCAAGACAAGACAGCAGGCCACACAUUUCUGGGUGAAAUCCAGGUGAGCCAAACAGUUACCACUCAGUUUGACUUCAUGGGCACCAAUCGGUCUCCAGUGGCCCAGACUUCAGAAACAUCAGCAAUGGGGCCCUCCAUGCAGUCUGUAGAAGCCUCUGGUAUGUACUCUGCCAUCCAUCACCAGCGUGCCAACAUAUGCCGGCUUAGUUUUCACAAAUGUAGUCGGCAUAGAAAAUUCAUUUGAUGACCCAGAAAGCUUUUUGAGGACAGAGUCCUUAUUCCCUGCCAGCUGUACCCCAUCUAAGUCCAGUGAGAGUGGACACAUCCAUGGUCUUCCAGAGGCUGUAGCUGAAGAUGAAGUCCAUCUGGUGAUGACAAACAGGCAGCCGGGCAUAGACGUCCUGAACGUUCCAUUGUCCACUCCAUUUUCCCUGGAAAGGGAGUCUCCUUUCAGACAAGUGUCUGAAGAAUCUGGCGAAUUCCCUCUUGAGGGAUCAGCCCAUUUACUUUCAUUCCCAAAGCUGUUUACUGCAUCUCCAUAUUUACCAGACAAGAAAACUAAGAUUUCUUUUUUUGGCGAUAUCGCUAGUUUCGAAAGUGAUUACCACUUCUCUCCUGAUGAUCUGCUGGACGGCAUUCCUGAAGCCCCAGAAGACGAGCUCCUUGGGAGACAUGCCUUGCUAGAAACACAUCUACUCACCACCAGCAUGUAUAAUACUAAUAUAAAUCCAUUUUAUCAACCAACACUCAGAUCUAACACUGAAUUGCUAGACAAUGAAGAACUCAUUGCUGUUCAUCUCAUCCUGGAGGACUUCUGUAACACAGCCUAUCAGACCAUGAACCUUGCCAUUGAUAAAUCAUCAAAUCAUCAUUGGCUGUGGACUCAGGUACAAACAUCUAUCUAUCUAUCUAUCUAUCUAUCUAU